CGAGAGAGGGGACAGCGCGCGCGGACAGGACGUGCAGCUGUAUGUGUACCUAUGCCCGGAAGCUGGGAGUGAGAUGGAGAAUGAGACACAAACACUGCCAUCCCUUUCCCCUAUCCAUACUCCUAAAAAGCCCUUAACAACACUUUCCCUAUCCCCAUCACUUCCUCAACCCUCUGCUACUGUGCCUGCCUCCAUUCUGCUUUCCUCUACCCCUCUAUCCUCUCCCUCUCCUGCCAAGGCCUCCUCCUUGUACUCAAUUCAGUCAUCUGAAGGGCUUAACUCGCACUGCCUGAGUCCCUCAACUCCAUCGGACCAAGAUGACCUAACCUGCCUCAAUUGGCUUUAUCAAAGAAACAUACUGCCUCUGCCCAAAAUGUCCCCACUGCCUCAGUUUCAGUUUCCUCCAAUUCCAAAUCCAAAUCCACCUUCCACUCCGGGUAAGCCGCCAUACUCUUUUAGCUGCCUCAUUUUCAUGGCGAUUGAAGACUCUCCACAAAAAAGGCUUCCUGUAAAAGGGAUCUACGAGUGGAUCGUCAACAACUUCCCCUACUACAGGACAGCGCCGAGCGGCUGGAGAAACUCUGUACGUCACAACCUGAGCUUGAGCAAGAGUUUUCAAAGAAUGCAGAGGGACAAAAGCCUUCAGUCUGGUGGAAAGGGGUCACUGUGGUGCGUUUGUCCAGAAUUUCGACCAGCUCUUUUGGAGAUGCUUAAGAAAACACAUUACAGCCAUAGCAACAGCAGCAAUUUGCUGAACAGUCCUGUGUUGAUGGAGGCAGCUGAUCAAGGACAGACCUCUAUACAUGACACUGUGGAAAUAUCAGACUUGGACUUAAAUAACCCACCUUUAUCCUCAAACACACCAUGUUCUUUGAUCUCUGAGCACGAAGAGCUGGUGGCCAUACAGUCUGUAGAGUUCGCCGAAGAGGCUGAGUCUGAGAAGGACCCUCUGACAGACAGCGGCUACAUCGAGUUCCACUAUUAUCAGUGUGAACAAUACCAGUAUCUGCUACUACCAGGAAACACAGACCUGGACUUGGAGACGGUUGAAAUCCUUCAACUUGACACAGAGGCGCAGGAGGCAGCAGGAUCGUUGCUCGACUUAGCAGGAGGAAACCACUGAUAUCAAGUAUCUGUACAAAUGAAAGGAUUAGGCCAUAUUGAUUUUGUAUGCAGCAUACUCAUUUGCAUAAAUACAAAAUCAAACAAAGGCAGGAAUUAAUUUGAAAAGAGUUUGAAAGGUUGUGG